UUCAGAAGUUUUCCCAAUGCUUCCUUAAGCGGCCGGCGCGCGAGAGACUGAAAAAAAGGUGACGCGGGCCCGGGCAGGCAGCCGGCGCGCUGCCCCCCGCCCUGGUUAUCUGGCCGCCUUCGCCGGCGGCUGGGGCAGAGCCUCCUGGAAGCGCAGGCGGCGCGGCGAGCCGGACGUCUGCUUGUUUUCUAGUUCGGGCUCCUUUUUCCCGUUCCCGCCUGGAAUCUGCCGCGCGCGUUCUAGGCCGUCGGCCGCGUCCGCGUCCGGCCCUCUCCGCCGCCCCAAGCCUCCUCGGCGGCCGGAGGCGCCCCGGAGGCGGGCAAGCGCAGGGGAGGCGGCGGCCCGGCACCAGCCCGCAGGCCCGGACUCGGACUGGGCGGCCGGCCCAGCGAGGGCGGGGGGCGGCGGCGGCGGCGGCGAGCGGGGCCAUGCAGGCGCGCUACUCCGUUUCCAGCCCCAACUCCCUGGGAGUGGUGCCCUACCUCGGCGGCGAGCAGAGCUACUACCGCGCGGCGGCGGCGGCCGGGGGCGGCUACACCGCCAUGCCUGCCCCCAUGAGCGUGUACUCGCACCCGGCGCACGCCGAGCAGUACCCGGGCGGCAUGGCCCGCGCCUACGGGCCCUACACGCCGCAGCCGCAGCCCAAGGACAUGGUGAAGCCGCCCUACAGCUACAUCGCGCUCAUAACCAUGGCGAUCCAGAACGCGCCGGACAAGAAGAUCACCCUGAACGGCAUCUACCAGUUCAUCAUGGACCGCUUCCCCUUCUACCGGGACAACAAGCAGGGCUGGCAGAAUAGCAUCCGCCACAACCUCUCGCUCAACGAGUGCUUCGUCAAGGUGCCGCGCGACGACAAGAAGCCAGGCAAGGGCAGUUACUGGACGCUGGACCCGGACUCCUACAACAUGUUCGAGAACGGCAGCUUCCUGCGGCGGCGGCGGCGCUUCAAGAAGAAGGACGCCGUGAAGGACAAGGAGGAGAAGGACCGGCUGCACCUCAAGGAGCCGCCGCCGCCGCAGCAGCAGCAGCCCGGCCGCCAGCCCGCGCCCGCGCCGCCCGAGCAGGCAGACGGCGCGGCGCCCGGAGCGCAGCCGCCGCCCGUGCGCAUCCAGGACAUCAAGACCGAGAACGGUACGUGCCCCUCGCCGCCCCAGCCCCUGUCCCCGGCCGCCGCCCUGGGCAGCGGCAGCGCCGGCGCCGCCGCGGUGCCCAAAAUCGAAAGCCCCGACAGCAGCAGCAGCAGCCUGUCCAGCGGGGGCAGCCCCCCGGGCGGCCUGCCGGCGGCGCGGCCGCUGAGCCUGGACGGCGCGGAGCCCGGCCAGCCGCCCGCGCCCGCGCCCGCACCGCCGCACAGCCAGGGCUUCAGCGUGGACAACAUCAUGACGUCGCUGCGGGGGUCGCCGCAGGGCGCAGCCGCCGAGCUGGGCUCUGGCCUCCUGGCCCCGGCCGCCGCGUCCUCGCGCGCGGGCCUGGCGCCCCCGCUGGCGCUGGGCGCCUACUCGCCGGGCCAGAGCUCCCUGUACGGCUCCCCCUGCAGCCAGAGCCCCGGCGCGGGCGGCUCGGGCGGGGGCGGCGGGGCCGGGGGCGCCGGGACCUACCACUGCAAUCUGCAGGCCAUGAGCCUGUACGCGGCCGGGGAGCGCGGCGGCCACGUGCAAGGCGCGCCCGCGGGCGCCGGCGGCUCCUCGGUGGACGACCCCCUGCCCGACUACUCCCUGCCCCCGGCCACCAGCAGCAGCUCCUCGUCACUGGGCCACGGCGGCGGCGGCGGCGGCGGCCAGGAGGCCGGCCAUCACCCUGCGGCCCACCAAGGCCGCCUGGCCUCGUGGUACCUGAACCAGGCGGGCGGGGACCUGGGCCACCUGGCGAGCGCGGCUGCGGCGGCCGCGGGCUACCCGGGCCAGCAGCAGAACUUCCACUCGGUGCGGGGGAUGUUUGAGUCGCAGCGGAUCGGCCUGAGCAACUCCCCGGUGAAUGGGAACAGCAGCUGUCAGAUGGCCUUCCCCUCCGGCCAGUCCCUGUACCGCACGUCAGGGGCCUUCGUCUACGACUGCAGCAAGUUCUGACCCCUCCGCCCUGCCCGCCUCCCAGCCGAACUGAACCGGACCCCAGAGCAGGAGCAGCCAAAAGAACCCUCGAUGCAAAACCGAAACCAAAAACCCAAUUUGUGAAACGUUCACCAAACCAGCGAACAGAAUCUCUCCAAACUUUCAACUCACCAGCACGAAGAAGAGUAUUUUCUUAAAAGAUGGAUUCGGAGCCACCUCCCCUUUGCCUUAACUAAAUAAACAAAACCGUAAACUGUUUCGUACAGAGACAGCAGAGUCAUGGUUUGUUAACGGACAGUGUUACUCCAGAUAACACGUAAGUUUCUUCUUCUUUUCAGAGAGCACGCUUUCCUCCUCCUGUCCUGUCCCUUCCCCUGCCGCCUCCUGCCUUCACGUCUCACCUGUAAGAUACUAUUUUAUCCUCUGUUGAAAGGAGGUAGGAAGGCCCCGUAUAUGAAAAUCGCUUUCUUUUUAUCCAUGGACUUGUUUUAAAAUGUAAAUUGCAAUAUAGUAAUUUAUUUUUAAUUUGUAGUUGGAUGUCGUGGACCAAACGCCAGAAAGUGUUUCCAAAACCUGACGUUAAAUUGCCUGAAACUUUAAAUUGUGCUCUUUUUUUCAUUAUAAAAAGGGAAACUGUAUUAAUCUUAUUCUAUCAUCUUUUCUUUCUUUUUGUUGAACAUACCCAUUGUUUGUUUAUUAAUAAAUUACCAUUCAGUUUGAAUGAGACCUAUAUGUCUGGAUACUUUCAUACAGCCUUAAUUAUUAUAAGAAAAAAAGAUUUCAGAGAUUAAAACACUAGAAAUUAUCAAUUCUCCUCCUAAAUCUCUGAAAAAAAUGGAGACACCCUGUGACUAUUCCUUGUCAAAUUUCACAUAAGAGUCUCUUUUUGUUUAGAUUUUUUUUUCCUGCAGCAUUUUCUGCAAAACGUACUGUAUAGGCAGCUUGCUUUGUGGCUAGUAAAAAGAGAUUUUCCUUAACAGAUCUGAGUUGGCAUAUACACAAAUUCAUUUCCUCAGUAAUGACUGAACAUGAUUUGGAAAUUUUAAGCCCAUGAAUCAGCAGCGGUCUUACCGCAGUGAUACCUGUGUGUGGAGAGAGGUGGCUGUGCCUCCAGAUACACAUAUGAAGAUUUGGCUUGUGUAUCACAUUAAAAAACCGCGACGUGUAUUAGACAUCCCUGUGAGCCAAAUGCUGGAUGAUUUUCUUCCUAUUAAUUUCACUCCUUUUUAAGAGGAAAAAAACCCAGCUUUUAAAUGUAUGUAUAUAACUCAUCCACAUCUAGUCCUUCAUGUCUAACGCAGAAGGAUUGAUUUAAAAACAAAACAUGUAUGGCGGGUUGGAAAGGGAUAUUUAAUCUUUGGGAAACUAUUUUAGAAGAUAUGUUUGUUGAACAAUUAUUUUUUGAAAAAGAUUUAAAACAAUAACAAGAAAGAAGGAGCAAAGAGCAGGGCCUUUUAGUCCAGGUGGUUUCUUUUCAAUCCCAUUUUUCUUGUUAAUUUACAGUUAAACCUAGGGGGCAAUCCGGAUCGGCCCUCCCCCUUUGUAAAUAACCCAGGAAAUGUAAUAAAUUCAUUAUCUUAGGGGGAUCUGCCCUGUCAAUCAGACUUUGGGGAGAUGGCGGUUUGAUUACAGUCAUUCAGGGCCUUUCCGUUUGUUUUCGAGAUAAUACAGUUUCCUGCUAUCUGCCGCUCCGAUCUAGAGGCAACACUUAGCAGUAAUUGCUGUUGCUUGUUGUCAAAAUUUGAUCAUUGUUAAAGG